AUGUCUUUUUUCAGCUUCUUGGUGUCUCCAACCAUAAUCUUUCAGGGUUCAAUGGCAUCACUUCGCACGUUUUUGCUACUCUGUCUGGUGAUGCUUACCGCUGUUCGAGCAGGCACAUGGCUGUCUUUCAAUGAUUACAAAGAAUAUCCAAUGGAUUAUCCGAUUCGUACUAACAUUGGAGAUCUUGUCGACGUGUGCAAUGAGCAACAGCGGCGACUGAAGCGAGCUGAGUACCGUUCGCUGACUCGAGCUGAACGGGAGAAUAGCGACAUGUGCCGGUUUCUUCUGCGAAUGGGUCGUUCCGUCUGA